GUACACCUAAAAACGAAACUAAAAAGCCAAACAAGGAAGCUGUCAUAACUUCUCAUAAUACUACUACUACUUUACAGUAAGCCAACCUCGAAAACAAGAUGGAUCAGUCGAAGCAUCUUAUCAAAAAGAAUAGACUCAAACUCGUGGACUGGCUGUGUCUCGAUAAAGACCUUGUUUUACAACAUGUCCAAUCAGAGGAAAUUAUAACUGAUGCUGAAUAUGGAAAACUAAAAAGCAUCUCAGACCCAAAUAAAGCCAAUAGUGAACUUAUUGACAUGUUGUUGGGCAAAGGAGAGGAUACUUGUGCGAAAUUUCUUCGCGCGCUAAAUGACGACAGAAUCAAGAACACAUACCCAGAUCUUGCCAAAUGGUUGGCUUCAUCAGCCGGAAGUGGGCCUUCAACAGAUCCCUCAGCAGACUUUGGUAGCCGGAUAACAGACAAACGUAGAUUUUUGGAGAAGAAUCGGGCUGCUCUCAUUAAGUCAGUGAAAAACACCUCGUCCAUUCUAGACCAUCUGAAGGAGGAGGGUUUUCACUCUGAAAUGAUCUCUGAAGCGGAAGCAGAGAGGACUAAGGAGGCCCAAAUGAGGCUGAUCCUGAACAGAAUAACUGUCGAAAGGCAGGCAGAGAUACUGUUCAAAGCCCUGCAAAUGCAUGAGGAGGACGUUCUGAAGGACUUGAUUGCAAAAUACCAGCAAUGAAAUCUGAAAUUGGUAUUUUUAAUUGAGUGAAUGAGUUUUUAAAAUCUUUUUUUGAAAAGAAUGCUUACUUUGCUAAUGCAUGAAACGUUUACUUACAAUCUUAAAAAAACGUGUCAGUAAGUUAGAGAUGAACAUGAAUAAUUUUUUAAAGAGAUGUUUUUGUAACAAACACAUUAUUUUCAAGAAGAAAAGAACACGAUCAGUCAUGAUAUAGAACAUGUGUAUAAAGACUGCAGGUAUGCACUGCAUGUACUGAAUGUAUGAAAGUAACUGUUGUAUUGGAUGCCCAACAAUUGGAACAAGUAAACACCAUUGGCUACCUCCA